AUGGCAGGCAUCACGGUCGGCGGCGCGCAUCCGCUCUCUCUCACGUCGUGGGAGGCCGAGGCGAAGAAUCCGGCCUCUCCUCCUCCACCACUCCAGUGCGUCGACUCGUGCAACGCGGCGAUAGAAUUCCUGUUUGGGAUUCCGGCAAAGUGCCUGUUGGCGAGCCCCUUCACGUACGCCCCCUUGAAGGAGAAAGAAGAGGCGUCUGCUGUGAAGCCGGCGGUGCCAAAAGUGGCAAAACCAGGAAAGGGGUUCAUCACGCGGCAGAGGACGGCAAAUGGCCUGCUGCUGACUGCGCUCGACGCCUAG